UUAAAAUAAAACGAAAGGAAGAAAAAAAAAUUAAAAAGAAUGCAAUCAAACAUUUUUUCUCCAUUGCCUUUCUCAUUCAAUCUAUUCUCUUUCUCUUCUUUUUGUACCGCCCCAUUUUCUUCUUCCCUGUCCAUGACACAAUUUUAUACCAAAAACACUGAGAGAGAAAGCUCUGUAUAGUUGUUUCCUGUUGUUGCUGAGCACAAAAAAUCUUUUUUUUUUUUGGUUUUUCUUUAAAAAGUUAGCUAAAGAAAGAAAAGAGGGGCAAAAGCAAAGGAUUCCGUUUCCUUCUCUUUUGAAUCCUCUUUUAAACACUUUGAUCUCUGUUUCAAUCUGUUAAUCCAUUAUUUUCUUUCUCAUUUUUCUGUUCCUUGAAAAUUUCCAGACUUCAACCAGUUUCUCCUCAUUUUUUUUCCUUAAUUGAAUUUCUGUCUCUCAGGUAUUGAAUUCGAUCAUCGUCGGGUUGCUCUGUUUUUUCUUUUGAUUGGAGUUCUGAGAAAAACAAAAACAGACUGGGAUUGAAAACAGAGACAAAGAGAGAGAAUGGGUCUUGAUGCAAUGAGAAUUAGAGUUCAAAUCAGUAGAUUUUUGGUCAUUUCAAUUACGGCAUCUUAUAAAUCAGUUCGUAAACAUCCAUUUAUUGUGGGGAUGGUUUGCUUUUUGAUAUUUCUGUACAGAUCAUUUCCUUUUUUGUUUUCCCUUUUAGUUUCGGCUUCCCCUGUUUUGGUUUGUACUGCUGUUUUGCUUGGUACUUUAUUGAGUUUUGGGGAACUGAAUAUACCUGAAGUUGAAAAAGAGAAAGAAAAAGAAGAAGAAGACGACGAAGAAGAAGAGGUUACCCAUGAGAUUUCCUCUUUGAAAGUUGAUGUUAUUGGGGAUGCCACUGUUGUUGUUGAUAAAGAUGAGAACUUUUUUGUAGAGAGUUUUGUAGGAAAGAGAAAGGAUACAGUUGAGGAAGCCAUUGAAGGAGAGAAUUGGGAGAAGAUUAGAGUUAGUAAGAUUGAGGGAGAUGGUAGUUUAGGUGAUUAUAUGCCACUUAUCAAUGAGAGUUCCCGGGAGAUUAACUUUGAGAAGCAAGUGAUUGAAGCAGUGGAGAAACAGAUUAAUGAUUUGGACUUGGACAAGAAGAGGGAAUUUCAAGAAAAGGAAAAGCAAGGGAUUAAAGGGGUCUUGAGUAAUGGAGAGGCUUUCGAUAGUCAUUAUUCUCUGGUUCAAAAUCUCGAAAAAGAGAGCCUUCAAGAGGAAGAUGAUAACUCUGCUGGAGAGUUUAGUGAAACUGAGAAGGGUGAUCACUUGGAUUCUGAGCUUUCAUCUUGGAAACGGGCAAAUGAUGAUGAUGAAGAGGAGGAAGAAGAGGAUGAGGAGGUUUCCGAUUAUGGGUCUGAUGGGGCAGAAAGUUCCUCUCCAGAUGCUUCAAUGGCAGACAUCAUUCCAAUGCUUGAUGAGCUCCAUCCACUUUUAAAUGAGGAGACCCCACUUUUGCAUGAGCAGUCUCAUAAGAGUAAGGAUGGGAAUGCUGAGUCAGAUGAUGAUAUCGAAAACCAUGCAGAUAGAGAAGAAGAUGGUGAUGACAAUGACAAUGAGGAAGAGGAAGAAGAAGCACAGGGAGGUAAAGAGGAUGAGAGUAAAUCUGCAAUCAAAUGGACAGAGGAUGACCAAAAGAAUCUUAUGGAUUUGGGGACUUCAGAGCUUGAAAGAAAUCUACGUCUGGAGAGUCUUAUUGCUAGGAGAAGAGCUCGUAGAAAUUUGAGAUCAGUGACUGAGAAGAAUCUUAUAGAUUUGGAUGCCACUGAUCUUCCCAUUAAUGUUCCACCUAUUUUGACAACAAGACGCAACCCCUUUGAUCUUCCUUAUGAUUCUUAUGAUAAUGUUCCGGGGUCCGCUCCAUCAGUAUUGUUGCCAAGACGUAACCCAUUUGAUCUUCCCUAUGAUCCAAAUGAGGAAAAACCUGAUCUUAAAGGUGAUAGCUUUCAGCAAGAGUUUUCAGCAUUUCAGCAUAGGGAACCAUUCUUUCGAAGACAUGAAAGUUUCAGUGUGGGACCAUCGGUUUUGGGUGUUCCCAAGCAAGAUAGGCUAGAUGUUCGUUGGAAGCCUUAUUUUGUUCCUGAAAGAUAUGCUACUGAGGAAACAAGCUACCGAUCAUUCCAACGGCAAUUAAGUGAAGCUAGUGAGUCAAAGUUGAGCUCAGUUCCUGAUUCUGAAUCAGUAAAUUCAGCUGUUGAAGAGGAGGACAAGAAGCUCAAUGAAGAAACAGAAAUGAUCUCCACUUUGGACCAUGUUUCUGUUCUGGUUGAACGUGGAAGCCUUUCAUCUGAAGAUGUUGAUUCUGUGGACAUUGAGAAGAGAGAUGUUCAUCAUAAUGGGGAUGAAAUUAUACUUGGGAAUGUAGAAAUUCGCCCCGAAUUAGAUUCAAGUUUGUCGACAUUGGGAAUUCCUGUGGAACUCAAUACAAGUGAAAUUCUUUUGCGAAUGGAACCUGUUGAAGAGGAGUAUAGUAGUGGAUCAAGCCUAUCAUCAUUAUUAGAAGUAGAUGAAAAAAUAUCUAAUGUGAAAAAUGCAUCAAUUGAUCCGGAGCCAAGAAAUGGUCAGAUUGAGGAAUCUCACAUUCCAACCCAAACUUCACUUGGUUCAGAUUUUCAUUUUAAGAGUGAGGUGGCAGAUGAAAAUCAACAAGAGGAGCCUGUUGUGGAGCUAAGAGACAAUGGUACUGCAGAAUCUGGCAUUGUGAUGCCAACUACAAUUAAUGCCAGUUAUCAUUUUACAAGUGGCAUGGAGGAUGACGCUAGAUGUAUGGAGCCAACUGGCAAUUAUGCUGUAGAUUCUAGCAUUCCUAGGCAAGUGUCUCUAAGUUCAGAUUCACAUAUCCUAAGUGAGGUGGUAGAUAAUGAUCAACAAAGGAAUCUUGUUGUUGAGCCGACAGACAAUCAUAUUAGAGAAUCCAGCAUUCCGAUGCAAACUUCGGUCGAUUCAGAUUUUCAUUUAACAAGUGGCGUGGUGGAUGAUGAUCAACAUAAGGAGCCUGUUUAUGAUUCAAGCCCUCAAGCAGCUGAGAAGCUCUUAUCAUUAUUGUCCAUCUCUUCUGAUACACAAGGAGAGACAUCAGAACUGGAGUCACCUCGAGCAGUGGCUGAAUUUGCUGGCAAGGAAUCUGAAAUUCAUACUGAGAGCAUGGGGAAAGUUGCUUCUGGUCACAAAGAUGUGCAUGAAGCCUCCUUACAAGAACAUUCGCUAGAUGAAAAAGAAUCAAGAUCAAGGGAAGUUACAGAGGUUGACUAUGAUAGUACGAAGGUUGGGAUGUCAGGGGAUGAUCUAACUUUUGAUUAUCAAAAUCUCAAAAAUGGGUUUAUCAAACCGGAGUUGGUGGUUGAGCAUGACGCAGUUGAUUCACCUCCAUCUUCAUCAACCAAUGGAUCCAUAAAGGACAGUGUAGCAUACUUGGAAGAAAGAUCUGAUCAUGAACUGGAUCAACUGCACUCAGCAAGUUCUAUUGCAGUUGGGCUGCAGCAAGAUCUAAUUGGGAAGUUGGAUUCUCCCUCUUCUACUAAUCAGGUGGCUUCUGAAGAGAAUAUUUUGCAUGCAUUGGAGAAAGAACAUCUUUCUGCUGUAGUUGAUGAGCAUGCGGUGAGUACAGAAGGCAUUCUUCAGCUUGAUCAAGUCCCCUCAUCAAGUUUUGAUGCAGAGAUCCAUGUCAAUGGUUCCCCAGAUAUGCGUGAAAAUUUAGAUUCUGCACAUCCAAGCUUUGAGAACAUGCCUUCUAAUGAUUCAAACUUGUCCACAAGGGAGGAAAGACAGCCUGCAGUGGUGGCUGAGCAAGUUUUAGAGGCUCAUCUUGAAGUAUCUUCUUCAGAGAUUAAGCAUGUGGAGGAGCGUUUGUUAAGGAAGGAAGAAACUCUCCAAUUUAACCAAUAUCAAGUGCAUUCAUCAAGUUCCAAUGCAAUGAUUGGUGCUGUUCUGCUUCAAGAUGAAGACAUGAAACAGCUUUAUUCAACAGAUAAAGAUGUUGUUGAGUCAUCUAGUAAUGAUGAUGACAAGUCCAAGGAACCAUCUGUCACCCUGAUAGAAUCUGCAGAGGAAGUGAACAUUGCCAAAGAUGUAAAUAUGCCUGAAUCCAUCUCAGUCCCACCAGAAAGUCUAGAAUACAAGUCAAAGAUUGAUGAAGUUGGUCUCAAAGACAACAUUCUCGAUAAAAUUGUAUACGAGGACAGCAAUCAUGUCUUAGAGCAUCAUACUUAUUCUGUUGCUGAGGAAAAUAUCAGUGAAGAGGAGGAUGAAAUAAAGGAGAUUGAUGAAGGAUUGUUGUCAGAACUGGACACAGUUGGGGACUUCAGAGUCGAACAAGUGGUUGGCGAGUCAGUUCAUGAUGAAGUUAGAUCAGUUACAGAUAUUGAGCUGGCUUUCAAGCAGCUUCAUGAAGAAGUAGAUGUUGAAGAGGUCAUCCUUCCAAGCAUGAUUGAGGAUCAACCAGUUGCUAAUGGAUCUAAGGGUCUUGGGGAAACCAACUUGGACCUGCAAAUUGUUGAAGCAAGAUCUAUGGAAGAUACUCACGUGGUGAUGAAGCAAGCCUCAGAAGGGAAAAUCCAAAAGAUGUCAAAGCUAUAUGAUUUAAGGGGUGGGCCAGAAGAAGUUAACGAAGUCGGUUCUAGCAGUUCUCCUGAGGAACUCCCAAUUCUCGAACUUAGAUCAAUUAAUGACAUUGAUAUGGCUUUCAGGCAAAUUAAUGAAGGUGUGGAUGUUGAGGAGGUAAUCCUUCCAAGCACAAUUGAGCAGCAUCUAGCUGUGGAUGGAUCCACAGAUCCUCACCAAUCCAGUUUUGACCUGCCAGUUGUUGAAGCAAGAUCUCUGGGAGAUCUUCAUAUUGCCAUGAAGCAGGCCUCCGAAUGGAAUAUGGAAAAUAUGUCAAAUCCAUCAGGUGCAAGGGAAGGGCCAGUAGAAGCAAAUGAAGUGGAAGAUGAUCAACAACCAUCCAGUUCAGACCUGCAAAUUCUUGAAGUAAGCUCUCUGGAAGGUCAUCAUAAUAUCGCCAUGAAGCAAGUUCCAGAGUUUAAUACUAAAGAGCUGUCAGAAUCAGCUCCAACAGAAAAGACCAUGGUUUCUCACGAACUAAAGCACGAAGUAGAUGAAAAAUCUGGAAUUUGAAAUUGAGCGUACAAAAGAAAUCCAAUGAGAGGACAAAAACACAUAAACCGAGCUCCAGUGAUUAAAAUUGAAAAUGAGAUUUGGAGGAGAGUAAAGUGGAAAAAGUUUAGAGGUUUGAAUUUUUAUUUCAUAGUUUGGCUUUUCAAUAUUGAUUUUACCAUGGGUAGUUGUUUUUUAUUUUUUUAUUUUUUGACCUCUUCAAUUGAUUGAUCUCUUCAAGAAUGAGUUUUGGUUUGAUUUUCUUGAGUUUUUUUUUUUAAAUCUUCUAGCUUUAAAGAGUGAGCAGUUUGAGAGAGAAGUUUGAAAUCUUUGCAUAUUGUAAAUUAUAUUCUGUAGAGUUAAUGAUUUGAUCAAUGACAGAUUGUAUAUUGUUUUGCACA